CCCGUCCCUAAGAAAUUGCUUAUGAUGGCUGGUAUUGAGGAUUGUUACACUUCUGCCCGCGGUUCAACCGGAACCUUGGGUAAUUUUGCUAAGGCUACUUAUGCUGCUAUAGCAAAAACCUAUGCCUACUUAACUCCGGACCUAUGGAAAGAAUUGCCUUUAGGCUCGACGCCAUAUCAGCAGUUCAGCGAUUUCUUGGCCGAUAAGCCAGGUGCCCGUCAUCAUAUUGAUGCUUAAAAAUGCAUCAAAUUUUAAAUGAAUUUAAUUAAAAUAUUACCUUUGAUGUAUACAGUGGGUUUCUAGUUCGCCACACAUUUUUUUACCAUAAAUAAAGUUCUUACAAUGUAAAAAAAAAA